UCCGGGGUUCCGGUCGUGCGGCGGCGCCUGCAGCGCGGAUCCCCCACUGCCUCCUCCCCGGGCCGGGCCUCAGGGACGGGCUAGCCCGGGCGCGGGAGGAGGCGGCGGUCCCGGCUCCGGUCCUGCGACCCCACCGCCGCGCCCCUUCUCUUCUCGGGGCGCUCCGCGGGGAGUCCCGGCCCCCGGCGGCGGGCGCGGCCCCGCCCCCGCCGCGCGGCCCCGCCCCCCGCGCCCGGCGCUGGCCCCGCCCCCUAACCCCAGCGGUCCUGAGUCCUGGCCGCACCGCCCACGUCGGGCCGCGCCGGGGGGACCCCCGCCGAGGCGCCAUGGCCUCGGAGUCGGUGAAGGUGGUGGUGCGCUGCCGCCCCAUGAACCAGCGGGAGCGGGAGCUGAACUGCCAGCCGGUGGUGACGGUGGACUCCGCGCGCGGCCAGUGCUUCAUCCAGAACCCGGGCGCCGCCGACGAGCCGCCCAAGCAGUUCACCUUCGACGGCGCUUACUACAUGGACCACUUCACCGAGCAGAUCUACAACGAGAUCGCCUACCCGCUGGUGGAGGGUGUCACCGAGGGCUACAAUGGCACCAUCUUCGCCUACGGUCAGACGGGCAGCGGGAAGUCCUUCACAAUGCAGGGCCUGCCGGACCCGCCUUGCCAGAGAGGCGUCAUCCCCAGGGCCUUCGAGCACGUUUUCGAGAGUGUCCAGUGUGCAGAGAAUACCAAGUUCCUGGUCCGGGCCUCCUACCUGGAGAUCUACAACGAAGAUGUCCGUGACCUGCUGGGGACGGACACCAAGCAGAAGCUGGAGCUGAAGGAGCACCCGGAGAGGGGCGUGUACGUGAAGGGGCUCUCCAUGCACACGGUGCACAGCGUGGCCCAGUGUGAGCGCAUCAUGGAGACCGGCUGGAAGAACCGCUCAGUGGGCUACACGCUGAUGAACAAGGACUCCUCGCGCUCCCACUCCAUCUUCACCAUCAGCAUCGAGAUCUACGCCGUGGACGAGCGGGGCCAGGACCACCUCUGUGCCGGCAAGCUGAACCUGGUGGACCUGGCGGGCAGUGAGCGGCAGUCCAAGACGGGUGCCACGGGGGAGCGGCUCAAGGAGGCCACCAAGAUCAACCUGUCACUGUCGGCCCUGGGCAACGUCAUCUCGGCCCUGGUGGAUGGGCGCUGUAAACACAUUCCCUACCGGGACUCGAAGCUGACGCGGCUGCUGCAGGACUCGCUGGGUGGCAACACGAAGACGCUGAUGGUGGCCUGCCUGUCACCCGCGGACAACAACUAUGACGAGACACUCAGCACCCUGCGCUACGCCAGCCGGGCCAAGAACAUCAAGAACAAGCCACGCAUCAACGAGGACCCCAAGGACGCCCUCCUGCGCGAGUACCAGGAGGAGAUCAAGAAGCUGAAGGAGAUCCUGGCCCAGCAGAUGAGCCCCGGCAACCUGGCAGACCUGCUGUCCAGUCAGGCUCCCCUAAAUGCUGUCCAGACUGAGGAGAAGCUGGCGCCCCCACCGGUGAUCCAGCCUGAUACAGAGGCUGAGAAGCAGCUGAUCCGGGAGGAGUACGAGGAGCGCCUGGCCCGGCUGAGGGCUGACUAUGAGGCGGAGCAGGAGUCCAGGGCCCGGCUGGAGGAGGACAUCACUGCCAUGCGCAACUCCUACGACGUGAAGCUGUCCACACUGGAGGAGAACCUGCGUAAGGAGACAGAGGCUGUCCUCAAGGCGGAGGUCCUCAAGGCGCAGGGCACGUCCAGGGCGGAGUUUGUCAGCUGGCCGGAGUCCUCCCCUGCCCUCCACUGCGAGCUGGCCACGAAGCCUGAGAUCCACUCCACGCCGCGCACUCUGGCCGGCGAGGAUGUCUCCAAGACUGAGGUUUCUCCUGGGUUCGAGGAGCUGCCCACGGCGCAGACCUCCAAGUCUGAGGCAUCUCUGGGAUCCGAUGAGUCUUCCACGCUCGAGGACACCUCCGUGUCCGAGGCCUGCCCAGCGCCCCGGGAGCCUUCCAACGUGGAGUUCUCCACGCCCGAGGCGGAGGCCGUGGGCAGCUCCCUCCCGGACCACGACCUCAGCUGGGAGGCCGCCGGAGCCCCGCGGUGGGCCGGGCCGGUCCCCGAGGACGAGCAGCCACGGCUGGCGGCGCUGGGCCUGCUCCCCAGCCUGCACGACCCGUUCGCCGAGGUGGAAGCCAAGCUGGCCAGGCUCUCCUCCGCGGUGGGGGGGGCCGAGGCGCCCCAGGCGGCCACCCCCAGGCUCCCCACACAGCACCCUUCCCUGACGGAUCUGCUGGGGCCUGGUGUCCUUAGGUCUGAAGCUGAGGCAGCUGACUUCCUCCUGCCCGGGACUAAAGCACAAGAGGCCAUGGAGAAUGAGAGCAAGGCUUUAAAUCUACCCACAUGUGUGAAGAGAGAAAAUUAUCUCCCAGCCUCUGGACUGGAUCACUGGGAGAUUGACCCGGGCCCAGAAGUGGCCGAGGAGGUGGUGCCGGCAGCAGAACCUGGCGUCGGGGCUGAGACUGAGGCCCAGAUGGCCUUGGAGGCUCAGCCUCAGCCCUUGCUGGCCACGACCAGUGUGGGCGUGGAGGUGGCGGUGUUGACUGACGACCUGCUGCCUGUCGUGGACCAGCAGCAGGUGCUUGCCCGUUUGCAGCUGCUGGAGCAGCAGGUGGUAGGGGGAGAGCAGGCCAAGAACAAGGACCUGAAGGAGAAGCACAAACGCAGGAAGCGGUACGCGGACGAGCGCAAGAAGCAGCUGGUGGCGGCCCUGCAGAACUCGGACGAGGACGGCGGCGACUGGGUGCUGCUCAACGUCUACGACUCCAUCCAGGAGGAGGUGCGGGCCAAAAGCAAGCUGCUGGAGAGGAUGCAGCGGAAGCUCCGGGCAGCAGAGGUGGAGAUCAAAGACCUGCAGUCGGAGUUCCAGCUGGAGAAGAUCGAUUACUUGGCCACCAUCCGCCGGCAGGAGCGCGACUCCAUGCUCCUCCAGCAGCUCCUGGAGCAGGUGCAGCCCCUCAUCCGCCGGGACUGUAACUACAGCAACCUGGAGAAGAUAAGGCGUGAGGCCUGCUGGGACGAAGACAACGGCUUCUGGAAGAUCCCCGAGCCCAUCAUCAUAAAAACCAGCCUCCCAGUAGCAGUUCCAACAGGGCCACAGAACAAGGCAGUCCGCAAAGCCUCCACAGCAGACAAUGGUGAACCGGGCACGGAAGAAGACCGCUACAGGCUGAUGCUCAGUCGGAGCGACAGCGAGAACAUUGCCAGUAACUACUUCCGGUCCAAGCGAGCCAGCCAGAUCCUCAGCACAGAUCCCAUGAAGAGCCUCGGGCAUCACAGCUCGCCCCCUGGCCUUGGCUCCCCACUCAGCAACACCUCUGCCAUGUCGCCUACCCAGGCCCCCGAAAUGCCCCAGCCCCGGCCCUUCCGCCUCGAGUCCCUUGACAUUCCCUUUUCCAAGGCCAAGCGUAAGAAAAGCAAAAGCAGCUUUGGCAGUGAGCCUCUGUGAACACGGCCUCCUGCUGCUGCCCUGCCUUGGGGCUUCCGUGAGACUGCCAGGCCACCCCCCCCACCCCCACCAGGGCAGCCCCAGCCAGGCCUCCUCCCCACUGCCCCCACGGUGUCCGGAUGCUCGAGAGGGGUCCUUGCCCUGGGAAGAGGCUUUCCCUUCCCUGUUACCCAUCCUUGCGGAGGUGCGCUCCGGCUCUCCAUGCCACAUCAGUGUUCUAUCCGCUCACCUGCCACAGCCUGCCGCGCGUGCCCCCCACCCCCGUUCCGUUACUCUG